AUGACAGAGAAAAAUGACAGAGAGUUUGAGGAAGCCUCGGCGGCGGUGGCGCGGCAUGUCGCGCUGCUGCGGGAGUACAACGAGAUCAAGGACGUGGGACAGCAGCUGAUGGGCAUGGUCGCCGAGAAGAGAGGCGUCACGGUCGGGAGCCUGUAUAAGACGGGGGAGUUUGGUGUUGGGCCGAGAGAUUGA